GUUUUUUUUAAUGAUCGUAAGUAAUUUGUUGUAGAGAGUUACUAAGCACAGAACAUUAUAUUGUAUUGGGAAGACUAACUUACAUUACAGUAUAAUUAGCUCAGUAUAAUAUUCUCCUUACUUCACUCUGUAAUUACUCCUUACUUCACUCUGUAAUUACUCCUUACUUCACUCUGUAAUUACUCCUUACUUCACUCUGUAAUUACUCCUUGCCCAACUUUUGCUUGAUACCUUUUGACAAUCUGUCCUUCCCAGUGGUUCACUAAUUUGUUUAUUCAUUGUUUCAUCACUAUUUGCAUUUGGCAAUGUGUUGUGCGGACUUCUAGCACUUUCGACUGGAACACACCCAGUGAUUAGUGAUUCUGUGAUUAGUGAUUUGUUUUUUUUGGGCCGUUAUUAAAUUAUUUGGAAAUGGUGAUUAUUUAUUUGACAUUCAGUGACUGUUUAUAAAAAAUAUUUUGCAAAUAAAUGUAUAUGGAAUUUUGAAUGAAAUUGAAUGACAAACUUUUUUUUUUCAUGAGAACAGUUUUGCUGUUUUGAACAAAAACCUUCAUCCUUGUAUUUGACUGCCUAAUUUAAUCACAUCCACGGCACACACAGCACAUUCCUUAGUGGUUUAAUUGUAGCUCCUUCAGUAGUAUACAUAAUAGUUACUGCUAGCUCAUUGUCAUGGAUUUGAUUUCUUUGUGCUCUGUAUAAAAUCUCCUGACCAGUCGUAUGUAUUACAUAACAAACUUCAUUUUUUUUGUAGAUUGUACAAUAUAAUAAGAUGAUAUUUUUUAAAUGCACACUUUUGAAUUAAUGUUUUAUAUAUUUGAUAGCAGGCCACAAUUACUGAACUGUCUUUUGUGUAUUUCCAGGACAAACUAUGGGGGAUAAACUGUUUCCAGGACAAACUAAGUCCUCAAAAUCAAAUUCUAAAAAGGCAAAUGUGUCUUCUUGUAGGAGAACAACUCCUGAGGAAACCUUAGAAAUCCACGAGGCCCUUUUUAAGCACUCAAUCCGAGCUUUCCAGUGGGAAUCUGUGUUUGAGCAAGAACACAGUCAGGAGGAACUGGAAGAAAUGUUGACUACCAAACCUCACGAGUUCAAACGCUGUAAACUUAAAAUGGAGAGAGAUGAUCUGGCAUAUGCCAAACCUCUCAAUGAUCCAACCUCUGUCAUCUGCAUCAGUGGAAGAGAUUAUGUGGGCAGAUCUUUUCCUGGUGAUCAGGUUUGUGUUCAGAUCUUGAGCAGAGAACUUCAGCCACAUCAAGGUGAAUCAUUGAAAGGGAAGGUAGUCGGAUUGAUGCAAAGAUCUGAAGAAUGUUGUACCAUUAUCUGUAGGAUGGAAGGACGUAAACGACUAGUUACACCUGUCAAGAACAACAUGACCAGGAUAUGCAUCCUUCAAAAAGAGCCAGACAAAAUAGAAAUACGAAAGCUCAAUCCCCAGAGUGGAUACUGGUUCACUAAGAAAUAUAUAGACAUAGUUGAGGAUCAACUAUUAGUUGUCAAGGUGCUGAAAUGGGAAAAGAAUCGUAGGUAUCCUCUUGGAGCGGUUACAAAAGUUAUCUCACAGGAAGAGUAUUUUAAUGAAUUUCUGAAACUAGAAUGUGGCAUUAAAGACAAUCCUCCCUCUUUCCAACCAAGAUGUGACCAAGAGGAAUAUGAAAAAAGAGAGGAUUUCCGCAAUCACUUAACUUUUACUAUAGAUUCCAGUGAAGCUCAAGACUUGGAUGAUGCCUUUAGUCUGACUGACAAGGGAGAACAAUAUAUGAUUGCUAUUCACAUUACUGAUGUAGCAAGUUACAUCAGGAAAGACAGUGAGGAGGAUAUAUUUGCAAAGAAGCAAGGUAGGACAUUUCACCCUCCCCCUGAAGUGAAAGCAACUCCAGCUUUCAUGCUUUCCCGAGAAGCAAGCUCUGAAGUAAGCUUACUCCCGGGUGAGACCCGAAAGGCCAUAUCCUUGGUAAUAAUGAUUAACAAGGAGACCAGUAUGAUAGAGUCCAGCUCUUUUAUUCUUUCCCGCAUAAGGUCUGACACACGAUUAUCAUAUGAAGAUGCAGACAACAUAAUACAAGAGCGUUGUUUGGAUGAUAAUGAGGCACCUCUUAAUUUUUCCUGUGUAGAAGACUGUGUUGCUGUGGCCUAUUGCUUUACCAAGGUACUUAGAAAGUUCAGGUUGGAGGGGAGCUGGAGCAGUGGACAAAGAAAAGGAGACAGCAGGGCCCACUGCAUGGUGGAAGAGCUAAUGAAUUUGUACAACAGUGCAGUGGCUGAAGAACUCAUCUCCAAAGACCUAACAAGAGAUCUCACCCCACUAAGAUGCAACUUCAAGCCAGAGCCUGGACUGCUUGAGCAGUUUAAAAUGAAGUACUCUAUGCAACUGCCCUUCUCUCCUUAUCUCUCACAAAUCUGUGAAGUUGCAGGGACAGGAUUUGAAGAAACCAAAGCAGAGAUGUUCAUUAAAGUUUUGACACCUGUGUUCCAGCAAAUGGAAGCCUUGGCACAGAAAAGAGAUUACCACAGGCUGGUUCAUCUUAUUAUAUCGGAUGAAAUCCAUCCUACACUAUGUCACAUGGCAAAAGAAUUCAAGGAAAUUCAAAGUAAAUCUAUCAUCCUGAGGUCAUGCUCCAACUUGUCCUCAAAGUUAGGACAUUAUGACUUGCAACUCAAUGCAUACACAUGGGCUUCAUCCCCUAUGAGACGCUAUUUAGACCUGAUACUUCAGAGGCUUCUCCACAGUGUGCUCUCUGAAAAGUACCAACUAGACAUGGAUUACACGAAGGCUGAAAUUGAUCUGUUCUGUGAUGAAUGUGAUUGUACUGAAGACUUUGACUUGGAGUCAUUAAGAUUCAUCAAUGCCACUAAAUCUUGUUCUAGAGAUGUGACCAAACUGGCAGUAGUGGACCAGCUUUCUCCAAAAGAACAUGCAUUUAUUACCUCAAUUCCUCUUGACAGAGUGUCAUGGCUGAUGAUCAAGUACAGAGACCUAAAAGUAGUUGAGCAGCCAGAGUACAACCAUCAAAAUAAUUCCUGCACUCUCAACUGGAAAAGAAGAGUGUAUUCAUUUAGUAAGACCAACAAGCCACAGCCUCAGUCAGAGAUCAACAAAAAUGUAAUCCCAAUCUCAGUUAAAAAUUGGACCAAAAUUAUGUCUGCAGUUAAAGCUGAAGACUGGGCUAAGGUCAGUGAGUACCUUCAAGAUGUAAAAGAAUAUAAUAUAAAAUCUAUGGUAAAUUCAAAUGCUGGUCCAAAUGGGCAGAAUCAUUUUACAGAGUGGAAAAUGGAACUCAAGUUAGAAGAAGUGCUACAAGUGCAGCUUGGAUCAGAAGUAGUCAAUGGGGCAACAAUGCCUGCAGUAAAUCUCCUCACUGUCAGUGCAUUCUUUGAGGUCUGUUUGGAGCAUUCAAGAAACCCAAUCAAGUGUUUCACCACCACAGAUGACACAUUAUGUCAUGCAUCCAAAACAGAAUACUGGGAUUAUAAGGAGUACCAGGAAAUUUGGGGAAAACUCUGUCAAAUGGACACUGCUUACAAUGCUGUGGAAGAAAAUAAUAGUGUGAUUCUUGAAGAUGUGACUAUAACAUGGACUGGAACCACAGAGACGUCUCUCAAAGGUUUCUUUAAAAUGACACAAACACAGACAAAAGACUGGUCUCUGGAAUUUGAUCUAACAAACUGCUACCUGUGCAUCAGAUUGAGGGAUCCAUGUACUGAAAAAGAGGAAGAGACAGAAGCAACACAGUGCAAUGGCUCUGGUCUUUCUGAUUUGCAGAACGCGCUGCCCUUUACAUGGGUUGCCCAUGGUGUACCUACCAAAUCUCAAACACAAAAGCAAGGAAAGGAAAAGAAGACAAAUUUAAAAUCACCAAUCAUCCAAAUAAAUUUUCAAAUAAUCCACCAAAAUAUGACAAAUAUUCCACCUAAACUUAAAAAGAAGGAAACAAAGUUCACUGUAGAGGUCAUUCCAAAGAAAAUUCCAUAUGUGCAAUAUGAACAUGCCAUAGAAAACAUAAAAAGAGCUAAUGACCUGGUGAAGAGCAUUGCAACCGGGACAGUUUUCAAUGCUUCCAGUGAACCUGAAGAGCUACAUUCAGUGGAUGACAUGGAUGACAAUCUGGACCUGCAGCUGUUGAAUGAAAGUCAGGAAAGGGCUGUGCAGGAGGCUUUGAAAAAUCCUUUCACUGUGAUCCAAGGACCACCAGGUACUGGGAAAACUGUGGUUGGGGUUCAUAUUACAUAUCACUUUCACAUGAAGAAUAACGCUCUUGAAGCGGAAUGUCCAAACCAGCCACCAAGUCUGGUACAAGAUGCAUCUCUAAAUAAGAAUAUACCACCAAAGAAGCGUGGCAUCCUGUACUGUGGUCCGUCCAACAAGUCUGUGGAUAUUGUGGCAGAGCAGUUGUUGAAGUUAAGAAGAGUCCUUAAGCCUCUUCGGAUCUACUGUGAUCAGAUGGAAAUGCGGGAGUACCCAUAUCCUGGAAGUGAACUAAAGCUCUGUCGCAGAUCCCUCCGUGAUGAGAAACCAAAGGAAGUACUCAGAGACAUCUCUCUGAUGUACUUGGUGCGACUACCUGGAAACCCCUACGCAAAGGAGAUAAUAGCUUUUGAAGAUGGCACUGUUGAAUUUGACACUGGAAGAUACAAGGAAGUGCUGAAGAAGGCUCAGAAGCACGAACUCCUGAAGCAUGAUGUAAUCUUGUGCACCUGCUCAACGGCUCUAAAACCGAUCCUAAUGCAGACCAUGGACUUCCGACAGAUCCUAAUUGAUGAGUGUGCCAUGGCCACAGAACCGGAAGCCUUCAUUCCUUUAGUCUCACAUAAACCCGAGCAGAUUGUUCUUUUGGGUGACCACAAACAGAUUCGGCCAAUUGUGACAUGUGCCCGUGUGAAGGAGCUUGGCAUGGAGAAGUCCCUCUUUGAACGAUACAUGGACCAGGCAUUGAUGCUGGACACACAGUACAGAAUGCAUGAGAGUAUCUGUGAGUUCCCCUCAAAUGAAUUUUAUGGUGGAAAACUGAAGACUGGAACUAAGCAAAGAACCUGCCUUCUGCUUGACAAAAAUAACAGACAAACUGCUAUCCUAUUUGGUCAUGUUGAAGGAGAAGAGAUCAGUUUAGCAGUUUCCACAGCAGCUGGAAAUGAACAUUCAGUAGCCAAUGAACUGGAGGCAAAGCAAGCGGUUCGGGUUGCAAAUCUGUUAAUCAGUCAGUCUCGUGUGAAACCAGAGGACAUUGCCAUUCUGACUCCCUACAAUGCACAGAUGUCUAAAAUCAAGGAGAUGUUGGCGCAGAAGAAAGAUCAGGCCAUACAGGAUGUCAGUGUUUGUACAAUUAUGAAGAGCCAAGGGAGCGAGUGGCGUUAUGUGAUAGUCUCUACAGUCCGUUCCUGUACACGUUCUGAGAUAGAAAAAGAGUCGUACACCAGCAAAGGGUGGCUGGGGAAGAAACUUGGCUUCACCACAGACCCAAACCAGGUCAACGUCACUAUCACGCGUGCUCAGGACGGACUCUGCAUUCUGGGUAAAACAACAAAGAAAAUAUCCACCAGAAAUAACCUUGAUUUCACACCAAUGCAGAUAGUUGUAACUUCAGUAAUGAGGUCACAGUGGGCAGGAUACCAGUCUAUCACAGGACAGUAUGCAUACACUAAUUUAUACAUUCGAGCAAUUUUUAAUAUCCAGUCCACCUGGUGGUAAAUAUUUUGGUACUGACCUAAGUUCAGAAGUGUUGAUGUAAGUUAAGUUCAGCAUUUACACAGAGGAAUUUUCAUCCUAGGCUAAUAUUUUGUACUACCAGCAGCAGAAAGUGUGACACUUAAACAAUAAUAAAUACGCAGAAGUGACUGGUCACAAAAUGAUUCUAUGUCGUGUGCCGAUGUAGUAAACUGGAGACAAAACUUGAUGAAUUAAUUAUGCCCAUCUUUGGGUUAAUUUGCACUCUAAUGAAUAAGCUGUUAUGGUUACAUUGACUAAACUUUUAAAUGUACUUAAAGUUUCCCUGUUAGUGCAGCAGACGAGUGCUUAGUCAGCUUUUCCUUCAAACCAUCAGCAUGUUUUCUUUACAGAACAGCACAUCCAAUUAACAAAAAUGUUAUUUUAUUAAUUUGAACAGGUCUGGGCCUCUUAGUUCCCAAAGUAUGACCCAUAUAAAAUAUUUACAAAGCCCAAAAUUACAAGUACAUCUCAUCUGGCUUCACAAGUCCAUAAUACUGCUCAAUCUUCAGAGCGUCAAUGAAAAGCCAUUUUUGGGGAAAAAAAAAUUAAAAAAUG